AUGAAUGGUUGAAUUGAUACUGACGGUAUUUGUUAACGAUAAGAAGUUCAUAAUUUCAUCUUUCAACAUAAGGAAUCAAAGUCAAAAUUGUUGUAAUUUAAGUUGACAUGUAAUAGUUUUGUAAACAAUUAUUUAGGAAUAACGAUAAAAUGAGAUCAAUUGGAAUAUCUCUUCUUAGUUUUAUGCUCACAACAGUUGUUAUUGCAAAUGCCUAUUACCAGAAGAAACAGUUUUACCCAUCUGUGGUUUAUAUUACAAAAUCUAAUCCUAGCAUGGCUGUUAUCUACAUCCAAGCUUUUGUAGUAAUACUUAUGUUUGGAAAACUUAUGAAUAGGAUUUUCUUUGGACAACUGAGAACGGCAGAGUUUGAACAUCUGAUGGAACGGGCUUGGUAUGCCGUUACAGAAACAUGUUUGGCAUUUACAGUGUUCAGGGACGAUUUUAAUCCCAAAUUUGUAGCGUUGUUUACAUUACUGUUGUUUCUAAAAUCAUUUCAUUGGUUAGCUGAAGACAGGGUGGAUUAUAUGGAAAGAAGUCCAGUUAUUAGUUUGCUUUUCCAUCUACGUGUUCUGUCGCUCCUAACUGUCCUUGGUGCAUUGGACAUGUACUUUGUUCAACAUGCCUAUUUGUCAACCAUAACCAAGGGUGCAUCAGUACAGUUGGUUUUUGGUUUUGAAUACGCUAUACUAGCCACCAUGGUGGUAAAUGUCGCCAUCAAAUAUGCUCUGCAUACUGUUGAUUUAAACAGCGAAAUGCCGUGGGAAAAUAAGGCUGUGUUUUUACUUUAUACUGAACUAAUUAUGGGUUUCAUCAAAGUCAUCCUAUAUGUAUUAUUUGUAAUUAUAAUGGUACGCAUUUAUACACUUCCAUUGUUUGCCUUCAGACCUAUGUACUAUACAAUAAGGAACUUUAAGAAGGCAUUUAACGACGUAAUACUUUCGCGUCGCGCCAUCCACAAUAUGAACACUUUAUAUCCUGACGCAACGGCUGAAGAACUCCAAAAUGCAGAUAAUGUUUGCAUCAUAUGUCGUGAAGAAAUGGUUACAGCAUCAAAGAAACUUCCCUGCAACCAUAUCUUUCACACAGCCUGCCUACGUUCGUGGUUUCAAAGACAACAAACGUGUCCCACGUGUCGGUUGAAUAUAUUGCAAACAAACAUUCCCACGGCAGCGCCAAGGAGAGAAGAACGACCACGAGUUCCCCCUCAACCGCCCAAUCCAUUUGCUGCACCAAAUUUAUUUGCCAAUCCGAACUUAUUCGGUCGAAACGAUAACGCCAACCCGUUUGCAGGAAUGAAUCCAUUUCAACAAAUUCUAAAUCCUAAUGAACAAAAUCAGAAUGCAGCUAAUCAAGCACCAGGACAGGCACCAGGGCCUUCUGCACCUACGGGAGGAGACCAAAAUAAUGCACAAAGUGGUAGUACAUCAAAUACUCAGACAACUCCCAAUAAUACCAUUCCGCCCAUGUUCCCCCCAUUCCCACCGUUUCCAUUUAUGCCGUUUAUGAUACCGCCACCUUUACCUCCAGAACAUUUGAGACGUUUGACAGAAGACGAAUUGAAAAGAUUGGAAGGUCAAGAAAGAGAAAAUGUGGAAGCAAGAAUUCAAUGUCUGAGAAAUAUACAGAUUAUGUUGGAUACUGCAAUCCUCAUGAUGCAACAGUAUAGUGCUGCGGCAUCUUUUUCUACGAUAACGUCUCAAGUUCCUCCACCAGAUAGAUCAUCGGCAGCUUCUGCUGAAGCUGCUUCAAGGGAAACAAACGCCCCCGAUACGAACAGUGCCAGUGAUCCAGGUGACGCUGCUCCAACAACUUCGUCAAACGCAAAUGAUCCUCAGUUUAGUGCAACAUCAAGCGCAGAUCCGGAAAAUAACAACGUGGAAAUGUCAACUUCUGCGUCUCCCGAGGGUCCUCCUGAGGACGAAGUGCGGAAAAGACGUUUGCAACAUUUUCAAAGACAACUAGAACAGCAACAGUAAGGGUAGGUGGUCAUAACUUUUAUCAAUAGUGGUCGGUGUCUUUUAAAGUGAUGAUGAUGACCAAGAUGUAAAUACACACCGUUAUUGGAUGAUGAAAUAAAUUCGAUAUAUUGAGUUAGUAUAUUAACUAAACAGCUAAACUAAUUAAAAAAGAAUGUAAAUAAUAACGUGCACACAGAGAUAAGAUACGGUGCUAUGUUAUUAUUUUCUUUAUUCUUAUUUUUAUUAACUAAAAUGGCAAAACGGAUUUAUUUCAACGUCUGUAAAAGAAUAUUUUAUGGUAACUGGACUUGUCCGUUUAUUAUUGAUAAUAAUAAUGAAAUCGUUGAAUGUCGUCCUAACUUGGGAAGUAAUAAUAAUAAGGAAAAGAUUGAUUACUUGUGGUGUAAUUUAUUGUUUCAUGAUGUCCUCUGGAUAUACGAUUAAUAAGGAUCAUAUGAAGACUG